AUGGCGGACGACGAUUCCAAGGGCAGUGCCGCUGAGGCAUCUUGCUCGCCAUCCUCUGUCGACUCAUCUUGUCAAGCAGCUCAUACUGUCGACGAUAGAUCGCAGAUCUUAGCACAGGCGACUCGCUUCCUCACAUCAGCUAACAUUUCUGAAUCCGCCUCUGAACAAGACAAGCGCGAGUUCCUUCGUACCAAGGGUCUGACAGAAGACGAAAUCACACGCGCAUUCAAUGAUGCAGCCUCACCUGUUGCUCGACACGAUCGACAUCAAACCACCACAAAUCAACCUUGGACCGGAGACAUGGAUCCAUUCGAUAUCGCCGCUCGCCAAUUUGACGAUCCUAUCAACGCGGAUGCAUUGGUGCCACCGCCAAAAUCGUACCCCAACACCCCGCUAGCACUUUACUACGACCCACCCACCGCUCAUUCAGCUCAACCAGUGCGAACCACGAAUCACGCACAAGAUGCAUCAGCCUCGCCGCUGACACGCUACCAAGUUCUGUUGCAGUUCUUCCGCACGCUCAGCUAUAUGAUGAUGCUCAGCGGUGGCCUUACAGCUAUCGUCGUCUCUUCGUAUCGAGCUUACAUCUUGCCUAAGAUCACCGCUAUGUUCCAUGCGAGAAGCAUCGUGCUCAAGCACCACAUUGUGCUGUUUGACAAGUUGAGGAGCAACGUUGCGAGUCUUGCUAUGUAUGCUCCUAUCCAACAUGCUCGGAUCAGCGCCGAACAGAAUGGAACGGCGGCGAAUGCAGGGCUGCCGCUGAAAGGCGUGUUGAAGAAGGUACAUUUUCAUGACGAGGUGGAUGCAGCGAGCGAGAAGGAAGGCGUCAAGUCGACACAGCAUGGAAGUGGGAAUGAGAAGGUGGUGAUGCCGAGUACGGAUGUGGUUGUGGAUGCAAAGACGCCGUUGCUUUCUGAGGUCGAAGCUUCCGAGGAGGGUUCGACCGGGAAAGAUGAAGGGGCUGAAGCGGCAUUCGGGAAGCACGAGUCGAUCGAUGUGAUGACGCCGAUCCGAGAGAGUAUGGCGCGACUUGCGGAAGCGCUGAAAGGUGGUUUGUCCGGUCGACCCACUGCUACGGUCUCCAACGAUGCUAGACCUCCCUCGGCGACAACCACUUCGUCUUCACGCGGUGCGAGAGCAGCCACCGUAACAGACGCCGAUUCAGGCUCUGACUCGUGGGAAGACGACUCGUCCGACGCCGCCUCCGCCGACGACGACGAUGACGGUCUCGAAUUCGAUCCCUAUGGAGCAUACCAGAAAAAGCACAAGCACACCCAAUCCUCCUCUUCGUCUUUCACCACCGCUAGUGACGGCGGCUCGGAAUCUGCAAGCAUCUGUGACCUCAAGGCUGCGCUCGUCAGCCUCAACGCCGAUAUUUCAACACACGCAUUUGCUUCUUCAACGUCACUCUCGAGUGGAGGAGGUGCAUUCAGAUUUGGGCCUGGUACAACGGAUACCAAUGCAAGUGGAGCAGAGAGCCCGAAAUCAGGCGAUCUCGGUCAGGUCAAGGCAGAGAUCAGAAGCUUGAAGGGAUUGUUGUUGAGUAGAAGAAACUUCCCGAGCUAUGCGGCUCGGCCCCCACCGUUACCUGCGAGCGCCAUGGGGGACGCGAGGUCUGGUUCGGCGAUUGUGUGA